GUUAAUAGUUCUCAAUGAGGCAAAUCAAAUUCAGUAAUUAGUGAUUACCUAACAGUGAACUACAUCAGUCAUCAGUUCACUAUUACUUACUGAUUGGUUAAUCAAGUUGCUAUAUUAGUUUAUAGUAACUAAAGUGUUAAUGUAGUACUACUCAAUUGUCCUGCAUUAAUUCCUGCAUAGUUACCUAUAUUAAUGACAGACUAUUAUUAAAAAGUGUUACCACGAAAGUUUCAUGAAUGUGGCCCAUACUGCCUGCUGUGCGUAGUGAAUUUCCAUGCGGACGACCCAGGAUUGAUUCCCCCUUUUGUCCCUCUUUUACCUUUCCUGGUUCCUGUCUCCACUCUUAAUAUUUUUCUUUAAUACUACUUAUAAUAUGAAAUACAAUUAAUAUAAAGGUGAGAGAAAGGUUUGAUCUGGGUUAAAUUAACCACGGUUUUACUAUAGUAGUAACAAUGUUUUUUGGCAGAAGCCAUAGUUUUAAUGCGGUCAACCAUGGUGUUACUACAGUAAUAUGGUGUUUAUAUAUUAACUAUGUUUAAUUUUGUGGUUAUUAUGAUUUUACUUGAAAAUACCAUGGUGACAUGUAUUUCUAUUAUAUUUCUGGUUACUGUUCUAAAAUAUUUAGGGUUAGGGAUUUGUGUUGGGUGUUUGUAGAACUCUUAAAAAAAAUACAAUAAACAUUCUGUGUGAUAAUGAGUAAUAAUGGGUUUAAAUAGCAUCUAACAUUAUUUGCACUUAGUGCAAAGAAGAUGCUUUUUGUUGCCAUUUACACUUUAUAUCGCUAUUUGAACUUAGUGCAAAUAGCCUCUGCCUAAAAUAAUAUAGAGAAAAAAUAAUAUAGAGAUAACUGUACUUGUUAGACAUUAAAGAACCUUAAAAUCUUGACCCGUAACAUAUUCUCCCUACUGUGAGCUUUACUCAGUGUUGUCCUCUGAUGCACCAUGCACUACAAUGACUGUACAAGCAAUUCAUCUCAUGGAAGCUCAAGACCUCUUACCUAAGCUUCUUCUACACUGUGCCAGUUACUCUUUUACUUGCUCAUCUAGUGGAGUACAGCAGCCAUCAUCCCAUUAGUGGUAGUUAUUUUAAGAGGCCACCUUUUUAGUAGUGCCUGGAUAUAAUAGGUUUAGACACUUAGCACCUUGCUCUCUGCAGAGGCCAUUCUGUAGUUGUCACUGCCACUGUGCACCUCAUCUCUGAAGCUAACAGUCAACUCAAGAGUUAGUCUGGGCAAGCUGCCCCAAAGCAACUGCCUGGACCAGCUUCAGUUCAGAAGGUGUGGGUGGGACUAGUUUCCUACCUCUGCAGGCCACAGCCAUGGGUAACAACCAUGCAAGUCUGGAUGAUAUCCUUGCUGAAGAUAUGCACCACUGGUAUAACAAGUUCAUGAGGGAGUCUCCAUCAGGCCUGAUCACACUAUUUGAGCUUAAGGCCAUUCUUGGACUACAAGGCAUGAAUGAGAAUGCGAACAGCUAUGUGGACCAGGUGUUCUUCACUUUCGACAUGGAUGGGGAUGGAUAUAUCGAUUUUGUGGAAUAUAUCGCUGCCGUUAGUUUACUGCUCAAGGGGGAAAUUAACCAGAAGCUAAAGUGGUACUUCAAACUUUUUGACCAGGAUGGCAAUGGGAAAAUUGACAAGGAUGAAUUAGAGACAAUAUUCACGGCUAUACAAGAUAUCACACGAAAUCGAGAAAUCGUGCCAGAGGACGUGGUGACUCUUAUAUAUGAAAAGAUUGAUGUCAAUGGAGAGGGUGAACUCACACUGGAGGAAUUCAUUGAAGGAGCAAAAGAUCAUCCAGACAUUAUGGAUAUGCUGAAGAAAUUGAUGGACCUCACUCCAGUCCUAAUUAUUAUUGUUAAUGGACGACAGAAACCAAACAUGGAAGGUUAGGCUGCCUAAACACCAUAUUAAGGACAAAGUACAAUGAAAACAAACAAAGACAUUUCCCCUUCUGAACACAAAAUAGAGCUGAACAUGGAUUGGAAUUGCAUGUUUUACAAGAUGUUCGGCAAUCCCCUUUAGAGAAAUAUCCAGGGAGAGCUCAGACUAUUGCCCAAUUGUGGUGCUGUCCAAUCACAGAGGACAUACAAAGCCUUGUCUCGGAUUGAUCAUCUAAUGCUAUAAGGGGUUAUGAGGACUGAAGGAACUGAUGGCAGGAUACUUGCAGGAAGUGAGCAAUGUGGUGCUUUUUGUGGAAAGGCUCAGUGAAGAGUAUAUGAAUAUAGCAACAAGAAUGCUUAUCCAACUUUCACUGGGCAAACUCAUCAUAUAAUCCAUGUAUUGUGUAAAAAUGUUUAUGGCAUUCACAUGCAUCACUAUAUUGCUCUGAGAUUGAAUUGGGAGACAGUCCAUGGUUUACAGUCCAUUGUCUGAAUUCCCAAAAUAACUAUGUAAACUAUAUGUGAUACAGAAUACCAAAUGUAUAGCACUUUAUACAGGGAAAAUGGCUAAUUUGACAAGUUACAUUAUGCAGAAGAAAUGUUAAAAAUGCAUUUCCAUCUAUUGCCAUCUUUUUAGACAAAUAACCAUUAAUCUGAUAUAAACACUUGUCAAAAUGCUGAACCGGAAAGUUAGUCUUCAAAACUAGCAACUGCAUGUUUCAGAGCCAUUGAAAUAUUUAAAUGUCUUUUUCCCCCUCUAAGAUCACCGUUUAUUAAUCCUAACUUGUUAAACAGCCUUGAACCCCCAACAUACACGCAAGGACUAUAUAAGUGCUGUUUCUGUUUUUUGGGGGAAAAUCUAUUGAAAUUCUAUGUGUAUUUUUAAAUAUCCCCUGCUCCCCUAACAAUCUAUUUAAAUAGUGUAUCCAUAGUAUAAUGUAAAUAUACACUCAAUGAGCACUUGUUCAAGAACAUUAUGGUCCUAAUAAAGUGCCAGACCUGGUCUUCUGCUGUUGUAGCCCAUCCGCCUAAAGGUUUGAUGUAUUAUGGAUUCUGAGAUGCUAUUCUGCUCACUACAAUUUUACAGAGUGGUUAUCUGAGUAAAGAGAUAGUCUGGCUACGGUAAGCCUUUCUGCCAGCUCGAACCUGUCUGCAAGGCGUUUCCGUCCCCAGAACUGCCACUCAUUGGAUGUUUUUUGGUUCCACUCUAAGUAAACUCAAAGUCUUUGUUGAUCUCCUGGGAAUUUUAGUUACAGAAAUACUCAAACCAGCCCAUC